AUGGUUCGUGAUCUGCGGCUGACCCCGCGAGACAGCAGGGGUCCCGAGAAGGGGGCACACUCCCGGUUAGAUAGCGUUCCCUUCCCACGCGCGCUCGCAGGUGCCAGUCCCGCCUUCCCCCACACACCUCCUGCCCUGGAAUCCGGGGCGCCGGGCGAGAAGCCACCACCCCCAACCCCAUCCGCGGGAGACUGGACCCACUCCUUCCCCGAGCCAGCCCCCGGGGUCCUGAAUUUUAAGGAAGGAGCUUUGAAAUCAAACUCGCAUCUGCUCAGAGCCCGUUACUCGCCGGUCUCGCCCCUUUCUCUCUCCCCGACCCCGCCUGGCCAGCUCCGUUAUCCACCUCCCAGUCCCGUUAUCCGGCCUGCCGACCCCGUUAUCCGCCCUCACUUUGGGCCCGUAGUCCUCGCGCGCCGCAAGCCCGCCGCUGUUCCCUCCCCCCUCUCCGGCCGGAGCUCCGGGGGCCGCGGGCUGGGCAGGGCCGGAGCCGCCUCCGCGCCGCUCCCCAGGCCCGGACGGCCGCUGAAGGAGGUCCCGCUGUCAGUCAGCGGGGAAGGCCGGGCCCGGCGGCCUGAGGGGGCGGCGCCGAGGACAGGCUUGGGCCGGGAGCUGGGAGGAGGAGGCUGGCCCCCAGCCCCCGGCCCAGGCUCCCCAGGACCCGGCCCGCGCCUAGGCUGCGCCGCGCUUCGCAACGUGUCCGGCGCGCAGUACGUGGGCUCCGGCUACACCAAGGCCGUGUACCGGGUCCGUCUUCCCGGCGGCGCCGCAGUGGCGCUCAAAGCUGUGGACUUCAGCGGCCACGAUCUCGGUAGCUGCGUGCGUGAGUUCGGGGCACGGAGGGGCUGCUAUCGGCUGGCGGCCCACAAGCUGCUCAAGGAGAUGGUGCUGCUGGAGCGACUGCGGCACCCCAACGUGCUGCAGCUCUAUGGCUACUGCUACCAGGACAGCGAGGACAUCCCUGACACCCUGACCACCAUCACAGAGCUGGGGGCCCCGGUGGAAAUGAUCCAGCUGCUGCAGACGUCCUGGGAAGACCGAUUCCGAAUCUGCUUAAGCCUGGGUCGCCUCCUGCACCACCUGGCCCACUCCCCACUGGGCUCUGUCACACUGCUGGACUUCCGUCCUCGGCAGUUUGUACUGGUGGAUGGGGAACUGAAGGUGACAGACCUGGAUGAUGCCCGUGUGGAGGAGACACCGUGUACAAGCAGCACCGACUGCAUACUCGAGUUUCCAGCCCGCAACUUCACUCUGCCCUGCUCAGCCCAGGGCUGGUGCAAAGACAUGAAUGAGAAGCGGAACCUCUACAAUGCCUACAGGUUUUUCUUCACAUACCUCCUACCCCACAGUGCCCCACACUCACUCCGGCCUCUGCUGGACAGCAUCGUCAAUGCCACAGGAGAACUCACCUGGGGUGUGGACGAGACCUUGACCCAGCUGGAGAAGGUACUGCACUUGUACCGCAGUGGGCAGUACCUGCAGAACAACACUGCAGGCAGCAGAGCAGAGUACCAGUGCAUCCCGGACAGCACCGUCCCGCAAGAAAACUACCGCUGCUGGCCCUCCUACCUUCAUGGUAGUUGCCUCCUUUCAGUGUUCAGUCUGGUGGAAGCCAUGGAUAUCUGUGAGAGCCAUGCCCAGUGCCAGGCCUUUGUGGUCACCAACCAGACCACCUGGACAGGUCGGCAGCUGGUCUUCUUCAAGACAGGAUGGAGCCAAGUGGUCCCUGAUCCCAGUAAGACCACCUAUGUGAGAGCCUCUGACUGACCUCUCUGAGGGCUUAGCUGACUGACCAGCUGACCUUCCUUGCUGGCUGAGCUUGUCUGUGGAGGGAGUGACCCACAGCACUCGCUGUCACCUUGGGACCCCUUCAGACAAGGCUGACAUCCCAGACAGAC